CUCUUUUCCGAGAAAAUUCCUAUCUUUUAUUUUGUCCCACGUGAAGCUCGACAUCUGUUUGUCCUUCUGUUCCUAUCCUUCUGGCCGCUUUUUCCUUCUACUCUUAACAGUGUUUAAUACAUGACUCUCAUGUCGUUAAUCCGAACAUAACUCAUAUUUCUUUGCAGAGGGUGAGGUUGGUGAUUGGUCCUCCGUUUAUUCUUCUCAGAUGGGAAUCAAUUAUUUUGAGCCCUGAUGGGUGAUUCUUUGUUCUCAAUUAUGCACAACUCUGUGGCGGAAAUUCUGCUUAAGAUUGAUCUUUGGGCAGUUGAAGAAAAUUAUCGUGCUUGAUCAAAAUGAAUCUUAUUUGGUUUAUUUUGUCACUGUUUAUCUAUUCCGGGCUCCCAUCUAGUUUUAGUAAGAAUGUUUCUUCAAGACCAGCUAUUGUGAAUAUUGGAGCUCUUUUUACAUUUAACUCUACAAUUGGAAGAGUCGCCAAGAUUGCCAUAGAGGAAGCUGUGAAAGAUGUCAACUCUAAUUCCAGCAUUCUCCAUGGCACAAAACUCGUUGUAACCAUGCACGAUUCCAAUUGCAGUGGGUUUCUGGGCAUGGUAGAAGCUUUGCAAUUUAUGGAGACUGAUAUAGUGGCCAUCAUAGGCCCACAAUCUUCUGUAGUUGCCCAUAUUAUAUCCCACAUUACAAAUGAACUCCGAGUUCCUCUAUUAUCAUUUGGUGCCACAGAUCCCACUCUUUCUUCCCUUCAGUUCCCCUUUUUCGUCAGAACAACACAGAGCGAUUUGUACCAAAUGACAGCAGUGGCUGAGGUUGUUAAUCAUUAUGGCUGGAAGGACGUAAUUGCCAUUUUCAUUGAUGAUGACUACGGACGGAGUGGGGUGUCAGCAUUAGAUGAUAAAUUAGCGGAGAGGCGCUGUAAAAUCUCCUACAAGGCGGGAAUUAGCCCUGUGUAUGGAGUUAAUCGGGGUGACAUUAUGGAUCUUCUGAUCAAGGUUGCAUUAAUGGAAUCUCGGAUUAUUGUUCUGCAUGUAAAUCCUGAUGCAGGAUUCAUGGUUUUGUCUGUAGCACAAUAUCUUGGCAUGAUGGGAAAUGGUUAUGUAUGGAUAGCUACGGACUGGCUCUCAUCUGUUCUAGAUUCUGCCGCUCCCCUUCCGUCAGAUACCAUGGAUUCAAUGCAAGGAGUUCUUGUCUUGCGCCAACAUACAGCAGAUUCAGAUAGAAAAAAAGCCUUCUUGUCUAGGUGGAGAAAGUUAACUGGUGGUUCUUUGGGGUUGCAUUCGUAUGGGCUUUAUGCUUAUGAUUCAGUUUGGCUGGUUGCUCAUGCUAUUGAUGCAUUUUUUAACAAGGGAGGGGUUAUUUCAUUUUCUAAUGAUUCUAGGCUGCAGUCUAUGGGAAGUGAUAAUCUCCACCUUGAUGCAAUGAGCAUUUUUGAUGAUGGAGCUCUCCUGUUGCAGAACAUCUUGCAGAGUAACCUUGUUGGUUUGACAGGUCCUAUUAAGUUUAACACAGAUGGGUCUCUUAUUCUUCCUGCAUAUGACAUCAUAAAUGUGGUAGGAUCUGGGUUUCGAAGGGUUGGUUACUGGUCAAACUAUUCUGGCUUAUCAGUUGUGCCUCCUGAGAUGCUCUAUGCAAGGCCUCCUAAUCGUUCAAUUGCAAACCAGCAACUAUACAGUGUUAUCUGGCCAGGAGAGACAUCAUUGAAGCCCCGUGGGUGGGUUUUUCCUAAUAAUGGGAAGCAACUGAGAAUUGGUGUACCUAAUCGAGUUAGUUUCCGGGAGUUUGUAUCAGAAGUGCGAGGGACUGAUAUCUUCCAGGGUUUCUGCAUAGAUGUAUUUAUAGCUGCUGUAAACUUGUUACCAUAUGCUGUUCCAUAUCGAUUUAUCUCUUUUGGAGAUGGCCAUGAAAACCCAAGCUACACAAAGCUUGUAAAUUUGAUCACAACUGGUGAUUUUGAUGCUGCUGUUGGUGACAUUACAAUUGUCACAAAUCGGACAAAGAUUGUGGAUUUUACACAGCCAUUUGCUUCAACUGGACUUGUUGUUGUCGCCCCAUUCAAAAAAAGGAACACUGGUGCGUGGGCUUUCCUGCGGCCAUUUGGUCGAAAUAUGUGGCUUGUCACCGCUUGUUUCUUCCUUUUCAUUGGCAUUGUUGUGUGGAUUCUGGAGCAUAGAAUAAAUGAUGAUUUCAGGGGCCCUCCUAGAAAACAACUUAUAACCAUUCUAUGGUUUAGCCUCUCAACCCUGUUUUUUGCCCAUAGAGAGAACACUGUGAGCACCCUUGGUCGAGGGGUGCUAAUCAUUUGGCUUUUUGUGGUUUUGAUUAUCAACUCAAGCUAUACAGCUAGUCUGACAUCAAUCCUCACAGUGCAGCAGCUGUCUUCUCCUAUUAAAGGGCUUGAAAGCUUGAAGAAGAGUAAUGAGCCAAUUGGGUUCCAAGUGGGUUCCUUUGCUGAACAUUAUUUGGAGGAACUUGGCAUAGACAAAUCUAGGCUUGUUGCCCUUGGAUCACCUGAAGCAUUUGCUUCAGCCCUUUUGCAUGGUCCUAAGAAAGGUGGUGUUGCAGCAAUUGUUGAUGAACGUCCUUAUGUAGAACUAUUCCUCUCUAGCCAGUGCAAAUUCAGGGUUGUAGGUCAAGAGUACACAAAAAGCGGCUGGGGUUUUGCAUUUCCACGGGACUCUCCCUUAGCAAUUGACAUGUCAACUGCAAUUCUACAACUGUCUGAGAAUGGUGAUCUCCAGCGUAUACAUGAUAAGUGGCUGAUGCGAAGCACUUGCAGUUUAGAGACUACUGAAAUUGAAUCAGACCAGCUUCAGCUUAAGAGCUUCUGGGGCCUCUUUCUUAUUUGUGGAAUAGCUUGUUUCUUUGCUCUAUUAAUCUAUUUCUUGCAGAUGAUACAGCAGUUAUGCCGAACUGCUCCCUCUGAUUCCAUUUCAGCUGGUUCAAGUAACUCAGUUUCUCGGCGUGUCCGGAGAUUGUUAUCGUUGAUGGACGAGAAGGAAGACCCCUCAAAUAGUGUAAGUAAAAGGAGGAAAGUGGAAAUUAGAUCAGUCCCCGCCAAUGAUAAGGGCACUGAGCUGGGAGGCAGUCUCAGGAGGCAAACAGAAAUGACUGCUGGGACCAAUAUAAAUAGCUCGAGGGAUUGACUUUGUUUUUCAUUACAUGAGAGUGACUAAAUUAUUAUUGUUUAUGAUCAUGUGGUUGUAUAACUUCUUUUUUUCUAGCACCAAAAAGGGUGCUUUACUUCAUAGGAAUAUAUAUGUGCUGGAAUCAUUUUGCGUGCCA